CCAAAGAGGAUGAAAACAAACACUAACGAUGGCCGCGCUGGGAACCGGCAGGCUCCUGGGCGUUAGGCUGAAGUGAAUGCCGGAGCUGUGAGGGAAACGCUGAAAAGCGCCGGUCGACGCGGGAGUUACAACUCUCGCACCUGGAAGAGAAACACCUGGGGUCUUCGAGCCAGCAGCCUCCUGAGGCGUGAGGUCUCUCUCUGCCACCAGUGCUGUCCUGCAGUUCCGGAGCGCGAAACCCUCAGCCAGUAGGCGCGGCUGGUCUGCUCCGGGCCCUGGCCUCCGUAAUGAGAGCCUCGAGCCCCUCUCUGUGCCGCAGCCUCUCAGGUGAGGGUGACUGUUGACUAGUGAAAAAAGGGACCCAAGGUUCACGACUGUCUUCUUACUGGCAGUGGAACGACCUGUGGAAACCUGCGACUCAUUAAUUAAAUCUCUGGAUUUCUAUAGAUAAUGGACACUGAUCUCAAUUCCCAGGACAGAAAGGACCUGGACAAAUUCAUUAAAUUUUUUGCUCUCAAGACAGUCCAAGUGAUUGUUCAGGCUCGACUUGGUGAGAAGAUUUGUACUCGUUCAUCUUCAUCCCCAACCGGUUCAGAUUGGUUCAACUUAGCAAUCAAGGACAUCCCAGAGGUUACACAUGAAGCAAAGAAAGCACUGGCAGGGCAGCUCCCUGCAGUUGGGAGGUCUAUGUGUGUGGAGAUUUCACUCAAAACUUCUGAGGGAGAUUCCAUGGAGCUGGAAAUUUGGUGUCUUGAAAUGAAUGAAAAGUGUGAUAAAGAAAUCAAAGUAUCCUACACGGUGUACAACAGAUUGUCAUUGCUUCUGAAGUCUCUCCUUGCUAUAACUAGGGUGACACCAGCCUACAGACUCUCCAGAAAACAAGGGCAUGAAUACGUCAUAUUGUACAGGAUAUAUUUUGGGGAAGUUCAGCUGAAUGGCUUAGGAGAAGGCUUCCAGACAGUUCGUGUUGGGACAGUGGGCACCCCUGUGGGCACCAUCACUCUUUCUUGUGCUUACAGAAUUAAUUUAGCAUUCAUGUCCACCAGGCAAUUUGAGAGGACCCCACCUAUCAUGGGGAUUAUCAUUGAUCACUUUGUGGAUCGUCCCUAUCCCAGCUCCUCACCCAUGCACCCCUGCAAUUACAGAACUGCUGGUGAGGACACUGGAGUAACAUAUCCAUCUGUGGAAGACUCUCAGGAAGUGUGUACCACCUCUUUUUCCACAUCCCCUCCAUCCCAGUGUGUGUUUACUGUCACAAAGGCACAUUUUCAGACCCCUACACCUGUGGUGACGGACACCCUGAGGGUUCCCAUGGCAGGACUGGCCUUUUCCCAUCAACUCUCCAGCUCUCGCCUUUCCUAUCCACCUGCUGCCCUGGGCGUUGGAUCAGCUGACCUGGCUUAUCCAGUAGUGUUUGCUGCUGGCUUAAACGCUACACACCCUUACCAGCUAAUGGUUCCUGGGAAAGAAGGUGGGGUACCCCUUGCUCCCAACCAGCCUGCCCACGGCACCCAGGCUGACCAGGAGAGAUUGGCAACCUACACCCCUUCAGAUGGGGCCCACUGCGCUGCCACACCUUCCAGCAGUGAAUACACUGAAACCGUAUCAAACAGCAGUGAAGGACAGAUCUCCCCCCACGAUGUCUUGGAGACCAUCUUUGUCCGGAAAGUGGGGGCUUUUGUCAACAAACCCAUCAACCAGGUUACCCUGACCAGUUUGGACAUCCCCUUUGCCAUGUUUGCUCCCAAGAAUUUGGAGCUAGAGGAUGCUGAUCCCAUGGUGAAUCCUCCUGAUUCCCCAGAGACUGAAUCUCCUCUCCAAGGCAGCUUACACUCUGAUGGCUCCAGUGGGGGCAGCAGUGGCAACACCCAUGACGAUUUCGUCAUGAUUGACUUCAAACCAGCUUUUUCUAAAGAUGACAUUCUUCCGAUGGACUUGGGGACCUUCUAUCGUGAAUUUCAGAACCCACCUCAGCUGAGCAGCCUCUCCGUAGACAUUGGGGCGCAGUCCAUGGCUGAGGACUUGGACUCAUUACCAGAGAAGUUGGCUGUGCAUGAGAAGAAUGUCAGAGAAUUUGAUGCCUUUGUAGAAACCCUGCAGUAAAAGUUGGUAUCCUUGAGUCCCAGCAGCAUCCCCUUUUUUGUGUUCCCAGGAGACAGAGAGCCUCCCCACUUAUCAGCUGCUCCAGUACCUCAUCCUGCUAAAAGCCAGGUGGAGGGGAGGAUGGUUUCCCCCAUGGGGGACCCAGAAUUCCCUGCUCAUAAAUCUCCUGGAGACUCUAUGUCAGCAGUCAAGCCCAAGUAAUAACAUUUUAAAGGACUCACCCUCUGGCCUUGGAGAUGGAAAGUCCUUUGUAACAAAAGGGCUCUCAGCAGGACCAUCUGCUUACACUGACCAUCCCAAACUGCUUCCCAAAGGCCAUCAUCCCAUUCCAUCUGCUGCCAGCUCUGUGCCCUGGGUCUGCCCCGCAGUUGGCCACACGCUUACCAUUACUGUCAACCAUUUGACAUUCCAGCUGGUGACCCAGAGACUGGUGUGGAGGCAGAAAGAGGAAGGAGACAGUGCUGGGAGGAAAAAGGAAGGGGUCCUUUAAAUUCUCUUUGUUGUUUCCUUUAGUUUCUGAUAUCUUCCUCUUUCUCUCACCAUCUUACUCCCUCUCUCUGCCCCUUGUGCUGGUACUUUUGGCAAUAUGACAGGCCUGCCUGCUCAAGAUGGUGAGAAUUUCAAAGCCAGCUGUCCUCCAUACCCUCCGUUGAAGGUUGUGCCAGCCCAUCCCUUACCAGAGGGUCUGAGCAGCCCCACCUCAGCUACAUGGGAAAUGAAAACAGAAGUGUCUCUAGGAUUCUGCCGUGGGAGUCAUGGCAAAGGUUCUUUUUCCCUCUCCUCCUCCCCCACCCCUACUAAUGCUGCUUCUCAAUUAUAGAAUACAGUACAUAUUUAUUACUUUCAGAGAAAACAGAUAUUUUAUAGAGAAGCUGUGUUUGAAGUUAGAUGUUUUCACUUGGGGAAGGUGGAGGGCCUCUUCCUGGGGCAGGGGUCUCCUUUUGGUGGAGGUUCCUCAGAAUCUGGGUUGCUGCUUUGAGUCUCCUUGCUAUAAUACGGAAGGCAGGUCUGAGGUUAGGCUGGCCGAGGACAACAUAACUUCCCAGAAUUGCUACAUUUGAACUGACAACAGGCUUUACAUAUGUUGGACACCUACACAUUCCUGGUGAGUCUUCUUCACAGCUUCUGCAGAGUGACUGACUCUGUUCUGGCAGCCCAGGAUGUCUUGUGAUGACUCCCCAGAACUGUGCCACAUAUACUGCCUGGAAGCAUUAUGUGUGUUCCCCACCCUCACCCCAGGGAUGGGGGAAGGCCCAAGGAUCCCUGCUGCUGGUAAACUUGUUCCCUAAUCCUUGGGGCUGGGCUAUAGACCUUUUCUGUUUGGGCCUGGCCCCCACCCCUCUUUAAUCCCAGGGUUUAUAUACUGCCCAGGGAUUUGCUAGUUGGAUUGGUUCCUGGUUGAGAAACCAAAGCUGGGCAUAAGAUUGACUUAACCCUUCGGGUAUUGUUGCUUGAAUAGGUCAAGUGCCUAGCCUCACCCGCCUACUAUCUGUUCCCCUCCCAGCCCAAUUGGUAGCCCUGCCAAAGCAAAACUAGGUCUCCCCCAGUGCUCCUGGCCCACCUUGGCUAUUCUUUGGCAGCAGCUGUUCUUCAGUGGAGCAGGUGACUUGAUUGCUUGUUAGUAAACUGCAUGUGAUGCUGUUCCCACCUACAAGGCUGACCGACCUCUGAGGGCUGGAGGGGGCUCUAAUGCUGUCAGGGUUUAGGCUGAGCCCUGCCCCAUGCAUGCAUUCUGCUGCCACAAAGAAAUGUUCCCAGCGGUGGUGGCCAACUGGCCCUCCCAUCUUUGGGCUGGAGCUCCUGUCUGUGGUAACCACACCCAUGGCCCGUUCUCCUAAUCCAGAUUUAUCAUCAAGUCCCCAGGGCUGAGAAGGGCAAAGUCCCUGGGUAAGUUAUUGUCAGCUCCCCUCACCCCCAUCUCAGCUGCUGCCCACUUUCCAAGGCCUUGCAUGGAAAGGCCUGUUAGCUAUUGUCCAAAACAGCCCUCUUUGGCUCCAAAUGUUGGCCUCUGCAGGCAGCAGCCUUUCUCCAGGACCCUAUCAGUGAGAGGCCAGGGAGGCUGAGCCAUGGCUUUGAGCUGAGCCUGAGAGGAGCAAAGCCACCAUCAAGUCUGGCCCUUUCCCCUCAACCCUAAUCAAUAAAAGGUUUGAGCCCUCAACUGACUCCUGUAGCACCCCGGGACAGGGCUGGGACCAGUCAUUUGUCUCCUGGGCAGAGUCCCUCCUCCUCCAUCCUACCUGUUUGGAAAUAUUGAGUUACACUUUCAAAUGUAUUCAAGAGAUUUCCAAUAAACUUUUUUUUCUGUA